AGGAAAGCUCAACCUCCAUCUCAAGACGGCGGCGACCAGCACUAGACACGGGAAAUAUCACGACACACACUCUUCUUCCCCACUAGACAACUUGGUGGACGAUCAGCACGAACCCAGAUCCUUUUCUGAAUUUCUUGCAGUUGGGCAUCUCAACUUGCUACUUCGCGCCAUCCCACGAUUGAGACUUCGCUGUUCAACCAACCCACCACGCCGCAAAGAUGGAGGUUCUUCUGGGUAUCACCGGCAAAGACUUUGUGCUCAUUGCGGCAUCGAAGGCUGCCAUGCGAGGAGCAACGAUUUUGAAGACUUCGGACGACAAGACCCGGCAGCUGAACAAGCACACUCUUACUGCUUUCUCUGGAGAGGCCGGCGAUACUAUCCAGUUCUCGGAGUAUAUCCAAGCCAAUGCCCAGCUCUACUCAAUGCGCAACGAGACCGAUCUGUCGCCGAAGGCCCUGGCCAACUACGUUCGAGGUGAACUCGCAUCCAGCCUGCGGUCGCGCAAGCCCUACAACGUGAACCUCCUGCUGGGAGGUGUCGACCCCAUCACAAACAAGCCCAGCUUGUUCUGGCUCGACUACUUAGCGGCGCUAGCACCCGUACCCUACGCAGCUCACGGCUAUGCACAAUACUACUGCCUAUCGAUCCUGGACAAGCACCAUCAACCCGACAUCAGCCUGGAGGAAGGAAUCAAGCUUCUAGUGCUCUGCACCGAUGAAUUGAAGAGACGGAUGCCCAUCGAUUUCAAAGGCAUGACGGUGAAGGCAGUGACGAAGGACGGCGUCCAAGUGAUUCCUUUUGACGAUGACAAAAUUGUGAAGAGCGCUUAAGGAUGCUGCAGCGGUGGGCUGUGAAUACUUGCCGUGUAUAUUACGAAACAGGGAAAGAUGGCACCACGACCGGCUCAAUAGAUGUCAUGGAAUGAACAGGCACUAUUUCGUUGUUGAACUACUGCAUUGCACUGACACAUACCUAUGGGUUUCCCAUCUGACAGUUGCCUAUAAUCAAGUUCUGAUCUAAUUCUGAUGCUUUACUGACUGCCUAAGUAUUCAAUUCAAG